GGCCUGGACUGGUUUGCCCGCAGCUUGCAGCGCGACACUGACGGCGAGCUCGCCCACGAGGCGCUGGCAGAGGGCGACGACGGCGCGCUGCGCCAGUCUGCCGGGGCCGCGGCGUCGCCCGGCUGCCGCGUCGUGGACGUCUGCAGCGGCGCGGUGCUCGUAGAGCCGCGGCAGAACCCGGCAGCGGCUGCAUCGGCAGCAGCGGCAGCAGCAGCAGAUCGGCGGUGGCGCCAAGAGAAUCGUCAACAGGAGGCAGAGCCCCAGCCGCCGUAG